AUGCCACCACAUCCCUCAACUACAUGGAAAGAUUAUAUGUUAGAUAAUCUGAAAAUCGAAGGAGAGACGCUGAAACGGGCUUCAGAAGAGCAAGUAAUCAAUACCGUUGUGGAUGUUCUCAGAGAUAUUGGAUUCAACCUUCCAAAUCUUAAAAUUGUCGUUCAAAAAUUUGGAUAUAUGCCCGACGAUGAUUCUGAAGUAGAUCAGAGAUACUAUGUAUGCUUUGAAGUUGAUUCGAAUAGUUCUGCCGAAAUGUUUGAACAACGACACGGAAAAACAAAGAAAAUUCAUCGAAUGAACAAAAAAAGUUCGGAAAUGGAUCAUAAGAAAUGGCUUAAAUUGAAGCAAUACAUUGGAUUCAAUGCUGAAAUUAUUCAAAAGACGUUGCGUGAAGCAAAAAGAAUUAUGUCGGAACAUCCAUAUCCAUCAUCAGACGGAUUUCGAUUGACUUGCAACAGAAACAUGAUUGUUUUGUACUUUGACGACAAGAAAGAAAGUACUAUUAAUAUUGAACAACUCGCUCGGAAUUAUAGAAAAGUAUUUGAUAAGGCUAUUGAGUCCUUGUCCGAGCAAGCACGUAAUACCAUCAAUCGUCUUAUCCUCAUGGAACCGAACACACAGAAACGUGGAAUUUCUGAUGAAACAGUGUCAAAUGCGUCUCCGCCAGAGAAAUCUCCACGCCUUGUGAAUUCACCAAUGCCCGCUAUGAAUCAACUUCUUUCUCCGAUUCUUCCAAAUUGAGCUAUUUUCUACUCGAUAAUAAUUAUGGUAUUUUCCACUGUGAAAUUUUGUAUUUAGGAAAAGUUCUUCCAAUUUUUCAAGAAAAAUCGUUUUAUUGCAUGAUCUCUAACUCUAUUGAUUUACGGUCUCAUCAUUUGUUGUAAAAUUCAGUUCCAGUCCCAAUAAAUUUUCAUAUUUUU